UAUUGGAAUACGCUUGUUGUGUUCAGAUAGUGACUUUAUUCAUAGAGUUGUUUUUUUUUAAAUUUUAAAUUCUCGGGUAUCUUGGUAUAGUUUUGAUCCUAUCGGUUCUAAAUGGGGAGAUAUCUCAUCUAUCUAUCAUAUGUAGGCACAUCUUACAGAGGAAUCCAAAUCCAGAGACAAGCAGGCAAACCUGUGGAAACAUUUAAAACGGUUGCUGGCGUACUUGAGGAAAGUCUUAGGAAGCUAAAACUUGCCAAUGAGGUAAAAGUCAAAACAUCAAGCAGAACAGAUAGUAAUGUCCAUGCCUUGUGCAAUACAGUCCAUGUUGACUUAAUUCCCAGAAAAGACUUCGAGUUUGAUCCAGAUAUCAUAACUUCUCUCUUAAAUUAUCACUUGAAAAAAUCUAAAGAAAACAUAAGCAUCCUAAAAACAGUCAGAGUUGCAGAUGAUUUCAGCGCCAGACACCAUGCAGCAUGGCGAUCUUAUGUAUAUCGCUUGGCUGUUAUCAAGGAUCUAGCUCAGUAUAAUGGUUAUCCCUGGACAUCCCUUGAAUUUGAAAGGACCCAGCGUGUUUACCCACCAUUUGAUGUGGACAUGUUUCUAAGAGCAGCUGAAAUUUUGUCAGGCUCUCAUAAUUUCUUAUCUUUUACCACCAAAAUGUUUCUCAAAAGUCCGGAUAGCAAUCCAAUAAAGAACAUGAGCAUAUGUGUUAAAAAGAGCAGUGCUUACAUGGAGGACUAUCAAGCCAGUUCAUGUGAAGGCAUGGAAUUCUGGGAGGUGCAUUUUAGAAGCAAGUCUUUUUUAUACAAACAGGUGCGACGCAUGAUGGGUGCCAUGGUGGGUGUUGCAAGAGGCAAGAUGACACAAAAAGAACUGAAGUCUUUGUUGGAUAAUCCCAGCCUUGAAAACCCUGGUAUCAUUAAUGCGCUGCCAGGCCAUGGGCUUUACCUCAAGAAUGUAUACAUUCCCAACGAAGUUCUUGUUUAUGUACCAAAGGAGCAGCCGGAAGAGGGAUUAGCAGCAGAAGACAAAGAUGUGUGCCCAAGCAAAACAGAGGAAUUAUCUCAAGAAAAGGUGGCUGUCCCAUCAUCCAUGCUUGCUCAUCCAGGUGUUUCUCUUGAUCUGUUACAUUUUGAAAAGCAGACACCGACUGAACUGACAAAUCAUAUUUAUCAAGCUCAAAGAAGUAGUGCCAAAGAGACUGCAGAAGCUGAGGUGAUCAACAGCUAACAGUGACUUAGGAAACACAAGAUCACUCCAGGAGCAGCAUGCUGUGUACAAGGGAAAUAAUAGAAAUAAGUAGCAGCACCAGAGGGGAACUAUCAGUAACAUCAAAUCUGAAAACAGUGGUUUGCUCUCUCUGUGGAGCUCACCGUUUGCAAAUACUGUUAAAUUCUAUGAGUUUUGUGUCAAAGAUUAAAUUGUACUAUGCUUAAUACUGCAAGAGAAAGACUUUUGUGAUAAGCAUGUCUGUUCAUCCAGCUCCACCCCAACCAGUAAUGUGGGGUUACCAGCAUAGGGCAUAACAGGUCAAGGUCAAUGUAUGAUAGUGCUAACAUCUGCUGCAUGCUGAGCAUACACUUAAGCCCCUUUUUAGUUUGAAAAGGGACGUAUGGGAAAUUCUCAAUAAAUGUGAAAGAAUUUU